UCUCUUCAUGACUUGAACCACACAAGCUGCUGCUAUGAGUGUAGAAAUAGCAAGAAAGACAAUCUCUGCUCACUGGCUUCCGCAUAAGCGAUGUCAAUUCGAAGGUUACUACUCCAAGUUCCGCCUUGAGAGCGGCAAUCAUCUUGCCCUCAUUGUCUGCUCUGUCCAUGGUGCGCCUCAGCGCGCGCAUAUGGUGUCUAUGACCUAUGUUCUCUCCUCCGCUAAUGUUGCUGCAACUGCAAGAAAGCUAAACAUACAAGAAAAAGAGGUACAGCGUUCUUGGCAGCGCGAAGUGUGGGCCAAGGAAAAUGUAUAUCGUGCGAGCCCUUCAAAGACUGCAUUCACAAUUGAUGUGCUGGCCGCAGAUUCGACUGCAGAGCCACAUGGCGUAGUGAAGUACGAUGAAGAAGGUAUGCAUUAUGAUUUACAUGCACUCCCGGACACACGCGAGGGCCUUUCUGGCUUUCAGCUCAAGUGCACAAGUAAGCCUGAUACGCGCGAUCCUUAUAUUCAGGGAGAUGAGCAGAGUACACCUGCGGGCGUGUUCGCAAAUUUGCCAUUACCUAUUCAGUGGCAUGUUCAAGCAUUAUCUCAGGACUGUAUGGUCAGUUUAUCCUUGGAGACUCCAGAAGGCAGGGCAGAUCCUAUUCUCGACGAGCUUGAUAAAGAAGGUAUGGCAACCAUGCAUCAAGAAAAGAAUUGGGCAGCUUCUUUUCCAGAUGGCUAUCUAUGGGUACAGUCGUGGAGUGAAAAGGGAAAGCCUGGCGAUGGUCUGUGCUUUGCUGGUGGUGAAGCAAUGCUUGGCAUUCAAGCCUAUCUGUUGACUUAUCGUCCCUCUCCAGAAGGACUUGCUGCAGCGAGAAGCACAAGGAAGGAUGCUAACAAAGCAUUCACCUUCCGUCCUCCAUUCAGCAUGUCAGUCUUUGGGUGGUCACCGUUCCUGUCAGUCAAGCGCAAAUGGAUAUCUCCAAGCAGCAACUCGACGGAUCCAUCCACCUGCAUCCUCGACGUUGCCACAUUCCGUCAACGUCUAGUUGUCCAUGCAGAAGCAAAGAAGGAGACAUUCUUCACGCUAUCAGCACCGCUACCUGAAGGUCAUCGACCACGAUUCUGCACACAAUCGUUUGAAGCGACACUCAAAAUUGAGGCGUAUCGACGUACUUUACCCUGGCAUGCAUGGACGCUCGUCAGCAGUGAAGAGCGAGGUGAUUCAAGUUUAGAAUUCGGCGGAGACUAUUUUCCUGAAGCCGGACAACAGCAGUGGUGAAUGCGGUGGAAGCACAUGAAGGAUCGUAAAUGUACAUACAUGCCUACCAGGCAAGCAGGACUUCUUUGGGAGCGUACUGCCGCAGCUAGUAGCGAUCACCCAGAUUACCCGCAAGACUCAUGAGGAAGGAGACGAUACUCAAGCCUGCAGUUGUCCAAGCAAGCCGUUCAGCUCGUGUCAGCGCAGCAUCAACCACUUCGCCAUUCAGUUCCCCAACAGGAGUCGCUUGUCCCUUUUCCAAAUCAAUCU